AUGGGUGACGCUCGCGCCGUAGCUGCUCUCGAUGCCAUAUCCCAUUCAAACACCGCCUUCUCUGUGGAUCUGUACAAGGUGCUGGGGAAUGAACCAGGGAAUCUGUUUUUCUCGCCCCUAAGCAUUCAAGUAGUUCUCGCUUUGGUAUAUUUCGGAGCAAAGGGCAACACAGCAAAGGAGUUACAGAGAGGUUUGCACCUGCCCAGCGACAAGAUGAUCACAGACAAUGGAAUUAAUGCCCUUAUGCACCGGCUAAAUGUCGAUCUCCAGAUAAAACCGGCGCCCUCGCCCAGAUGCAGUCAUGGCCACGACCUGGCUGUUGCCUUUCAGUUCAGUUCUGGCCCACUACUUCGGGGCCGCUUCGCGUAUCCUUCCGACUCGCUCGGGAUGGGUUCCAUGUUCGAUGCGGGCGGAGCGAACUUGUCUGGCAUUGGUGAUCGACACCUUUUAGUAAGCAAGGUCAUACACAAAGCUUUCAUAGAGGUCAAUGAGAGAGGUACCGAAGCAGCAGCCGCAACAAGGAUGAAGAAUGCAAAGUUUAUUCCUGAUGUUUCAGUUCUCGUAGGAGGUGGUCUCGGUGGUUUCCCACCCAUCGUCUUCAAGGCUGACCACCCCUACACGUUCUUCAUAGUGGAUGACUUCACCAAGACGGUCCUUUUCGCCGGACGACUAGCAUCACCUUCUAUGUAA